CAGUCAGGUGAGCUUCUGCUUUGAGCUCAGUCAGGCUUUUUACACGAGACAGAAAUCAACGAGGAAACAUGGAAGAAAGACAUCAUCUGCUGUGUGUUUGUCCUGAGAAAAAUUAGAAGGCUGUGUGAGUUGGGGAAGCUUUUUUGGCUCUAAAGAAAAAACUAUAUGUAAAGGUUUCUUUUGCCUCUCAGAGUGACUCUAACAGCAGAAGGAAGACGUCCAAACUGUGGAGCUCCAUCCUUAAGAUGAUCCCUCACAUGGCUCUGUGCAAGUUGUUUCCUCUAGUUGUAGUCGGGGUCGUGAUUUUUGCUGUGAGUGGGAUCUUUGGAGACCCCCUGUACGAUUGUCUACAAGACACCGACUACAGGGAGCUGCUCAACAUCGUGGAAAAAGGUCUUCCUGUCUCCAAGAGCCCUCGUCACAUAGCCAUCAUUGGAGGGGGCAUGGCUGGACUGACCGCUGCAAAGUUUUUAGAAGAUGCAGGACAUACGGUGACAAUAAUAGAAGCCAGUGACCGUAUUGGAGGACGUGUGGAGACCUUCAGGAACAGAAGAGAAGGCUGGUACGCAGAAGUGGGCGCCAUGAGGAUCCCCAGCUUUCAUAAGAUUUUGCUCUCCUUUGCCUCCAAAUUACAAAUUUCCUUGAACCACUUUAUCCAAGAUGACAUCAACACCUACUAUUUUGUAAACGGGGUGUUGCAGAAAACCUAUGCGGUGGAAAACAACCCUGAUAUUCUCAACUACAGCCUGAACGAAGGAGAGAGAGGGAUGUCAGCCGCUCAGCUCUUCAGUAAGACACUCUGGAAGGUGAGGGACGACCUGAAGUCAAUGGGCUGCAGUGCCAUGUUGAAUAAAUAUGAUUCCUACACAGUGAAGGAGUACCUGGUGAAGGAGGGGAACCUGAGCCGUGGUGCACUGAGGAUGGUCGGGGACCUCCUGAAUGAAAACAGCCUCUUCUACACGUCGCUGAUAGAGAUGCUGUACAUUCAGUCAGACAUCAAUGACAACACUGAGUAUUUUGAGGUGACAGAUGGAUUCGACCACCUCCCGAGGGCUUUCUACCAGGUGUUGAAUGCUACGAUUCUUCUCAACUCCAAAGUCAAACAGGUAGACCAAACAGGCGGCAGAUAUGUCACCGUAACCUUCCAGGACUGGCGUAAUCCAGACUCCCUGGUCAACCUGACGGUGGACUAUGCUUUGGUUACAUCUUCAGCCAAAGCCAGUGUCUUCAUAGACUUCCUGCCUCCUCUGUCUGGAGACAAGAUGGAGGCCCUGCGCUCGGUUCAUUACGCCAGCUCCACCAAGGUGAUCCUCAGCUUCAGUCAGAGGUUCUGGGAGAAAGAAGGCAUCAGAGGAGGGAAGAGCGUCACAGACCGGCCCUCCCGCUUCAUCUACUACCCCAGCCACAGCUUCCCCGGCACAGACGCAGGGGCCCUCCUCGCGUCCUACACCUGCUCUGACGACUCCACCCUCUUCCAAGGCUUGAGCGAGGACGAGCUGAUGGCGGUGGUGCUGGAGGAUUUGGUGAAGAUCCACGGAGAGGAUAUCCGGCCUAUAUGGACAGGGGGGCUAGUGAAGAAGUGGGGCUUGGAUCCUUACAGUCUAGGAGCUUUCGCCUUGUUCACGCCCUACCAGCAGGGACACUACGCCCGAGAACUGUUCCAGAGUGAGGGGCGGGUGCAUUUUGCAGGAGAACAUACAGCUACACCUCACGGGUGGAUAGAAACCGCCAUGAAGUCUGCACUCAGGGCAGCGAAAAAUAUAAACAGCCUCACACUUUAGUUUUUUGAAGCAAAAAUGUGUUUUAUAUCUUCUGUGUUCAAUCUACAUACUGGUCAAUCAAUUUCAACCAUAGACUGUUCAAAGAAGUGGACAAAGCCAGACUUACAUAAGCCAUUGGUUUGUGAACCUCACUUUUGAAGCAUGAAAUUCAGCAGUAUUGUCCAAUGCAUCUUCUUCUUUUUCUCAAACCAGCUAAAAAGGCAAGUUU